AUGGAUAACUUCGAGUACAGCAUCCAGCUGAACGACAGGGACUGGGCUGAGUUCUUCUUGGCGUCAGAGGAAUGCAACCUAGCACCGGCUGCCCUGGCCACGGCCGAGGAGCAGUGUCUCAGUGACAUUGAACAAGGGGACAGCGUGCCGGGGAGGGACUGUCACGCCAGCACGAAUGGGCAGAUCGCAGCGAGGGUGGGCAGCAGGCCAGGGCCUGGCACGGGAAGCUCUGCCCCACGUGGGGUGCCCAGAGACGCCUCCCUGUGCUGGCCGGCCGGUGGGCACCUCGCCCUGCCGGAGCUUCUCUCGGGCAGCGAGGACGAAGCGGACCUGGGCUCGGUCAGCAGGUUUCUCUGCGAGAGCGACAAGCCCGGCUGCCCUUCGUCUGCUCCAAUGCCCAGCGCACAGGGGAGGCAGCCCCCCUGUCCCCCCGCAGCCACCCUUGCCGGCCCCGCUGGCGGCCCGACCGCAGCCCAGGGCAGGACACAGCAUGUGAAGCAGCAACACCGCAGCCGGCAUCGGCAUCGGAGAAAGGAGCAGCCAGCAGCAAGCAAAGGGAAGGAGAAGGCAGCCAAGCCAGCUCCUGUGAAGGUGGGGAGCGAGGAGGCAGGGGAGAGCAAGCGGCUGGUGCCCAGCCCUGGCACGGAUGAGGGCGAUCCAGCCAUGAGCGCUCCCCUGAAGCAGAAGGUGAAGGAGCUGGGGGCACAGCCCUUGGGGAAGGCAAAGGCCACCAAGCAUUCAAAGCCAGGGCAAGCUGGUGGCUCGGGCGUACGUGACAAUGUGCCGGUGAUCCCUGCCAGCGGAGCUGCAGCUCCUCCGGGAGAGGCGUGCCAGGAGGUGCUGGGGAAGCCUCUCCAUCCCAAGAGCGUGGCGGCUUCUGGGGGGGAUGCUGCUGAGGGAGCUCAUGGGGAGCCUGCAGCUGAGACCCCCGGGGAUCUGGGCCCCCCUUGCUUUGCAGCUGGGGCCUCUGCAAGGGCAGACACCCUGGACGUGACUUGGCCUGAGAUGUACGACUAUUUGUUCUGUGACUCCCAAGGGGAAGAAGAAGGAAUGGAGAACUCAGUGGAGCUGCAAAAUGAGGAUCCCGACUCGGCUCCAGUCAAAGACUCCCUGGUUAUCUCAGUCCCUGAGGUGUAUGAACACUUCUUUCCAGAUAGGCCUGGGAACAGGGCGGGCUGGAGAGGGAUUUUCUCAAUCACUCCGGCCUCCGAGGUGAAGAAAGCUGUGGGGGCUUUGAAGUCCCUCCUGCAAAGGCCAAUGCGUCUCGUCAGAGGCCAAGCCCCAGUCCCCCAGGCUCUCGUGCGGAGAGGAUCUGAAGAGAAGCUCCCCCUCGUCCCGCUGGCUCCGCUGGGAAGAGGCCAGGCGCAGCCGGAAGGUUUGGACAUGGCCCUUGUGCUGACAGGGAGGCCCGAGGCUCCGCUGGCGCUGACCCACAAAGACAUGUGCCUCGUCUUCUGUGCCUUUGCGUCCUGGGCAGUGAAGACCUCCGACCUGCAGGCUCCAGAUGCCUGGAAGACCGUGUUCCUGGCAAGUUUUGGCACACUUUCGGCCAUCCGCUACUUCAGAAGGCAGGUCAGAGAAGGACACCCCCGGUCCUAG